CCGCCCUUUUUCUUUCUCUUCCCACAUUGCAAUUCUGAUACGAACCCAACAAUCACCAAACCAUGACUCUUCAAACAGUCGUCUCCACCGCUGCCUCCGUCGCCGCCACCGCCAUGCUCCUCCGCUCCAUUGCCAGAGACUACCUUCCCCGCGAGCUUAACUACUACCUCAACUCGAAACUCUCCAAAAUCCUCGCCGCAUUCUCCUCCCAAGUCACCCUCGUCAUCGACGAGUUCGAAGCCCUCACCUUCAACCACCUCUUCAACGCCGCGGAACUUUACAUCAGACCCCACAUCGCUCCCAACACAAACAGGGUCAGGGCCACCAUGGCCACCAAGGAGAACAUGAUCUCGGUGACCAUGGAGCGCAACGAAGAAAUCGUCGACAUCUUCAACGGUGUCGAUUUCAAAUGGAGAUUGGUCUCCAAAGAAAUCCCAUCAAAGUACAUUCAAGCCCCAGGAUCAGAAAAUCACCACUCCACAUUGAAAUCCGAGCUUCGCUACUUCGAAUUGCGCUUUCACAGGAAGCACAAGGACAUGGUUUUCGGGGAGUACUUGCCCUAUGUUAUGGAGAAAGCGAAGGAGGUGAAAGAGGAGAGAAAGACGCUGAAGCUUUUCACAGCGAAGAAUGAUCGAAUUCGAAUGCGUGGGAGGCGCGGGGGGGAGAUGUGGCAGUGUGUGAAUCUUGAUCAUCCAGCUACGUUUGACACGUUGGCGAUGGAUUUUGAUGUGAAGCAGAGGAUCUUGGAGGAUUUGGAUUUGUUUGAGGGAAGGAAGGGUUUUUAUAGGAGUGUUGGGAAGGCGUGGAAAAGAGGUUACUUGCUAUCUGGGCCUCCGGGGAGUGGAAAAUCAAGCUUGAUUGCUGCAAUGGCAAAUUAUCUCAAUUUUGAUGUGUAUGACUUGGAGCUCACUGAUAUUAGGAGUAAUUCUGAGCUCAGGAAGUUGUUGAUUGCAACUGGGAAUCGUUCAAUUAUUGUGGUCGAGGAUAUUGAUUGUUCCCUUCAACUGCAAGAUAGGCUUGCAAAAACACCAAAACCCAAGGUUUCUAUUUCAAGGUCCACUCGGCCUUACCACCCAUUUGGCAAUGAAAAACCCCAGGUGACUUUAUCGGGAUUCCUAAAUUUCAUAGACGGGCUGUGGUCUAGCUGUGGGGAUGAGCGGAUUAUAGUGUUCACAACCAAUCACAAAGACAAAUUGGACCCUGCAUUAUUGCGCCCUGGGCGUAUGGAUGUGCAUAUCAACAUGUCUUACUGCACACCAUGUGGGUUCAAAAUGUUGGCUUCCAAUUACCUUGGGAUCACAGAGCACCCACUUUUUGUUGAAGUCGAGAAGUUGCUAGAGACCACGAAUGUCACUCCUGCAGAGGUGGGUGAACAGCUUUUAAAGAAUGAGGAGUCUGAAAUUGCACUAAGAAGCCUGAUGGAGCUCCUUAUAGAGAAGGGACGAAAUCAUGAAUCUAAAGUUAUCUAGGCAGAUUUCACCACUGAAUGAUUUGAAUCUUGCAAUGUUUUCGAAGCUGAAGUGAAGGGUGAUAAGGAAAACUCAAGUACAAAAAGAGUUAUAAACGUGAUUUGUAUCAAACAAUAAUUAUAAGUGUGACUGACACGAUAGAUGAAUCUAAUUUCCUAUAAACUAUCAGAUAAUAACAUCAUCUAUGAUUCAG